ACUGGACAGUGUUAAAUUUAGAGAACCAUAUUUCUGCUGCAAUCAGAGAAAAAAUACUGUCACGGGAAACUCAUUUUGUCAACUACUGCACAACAAUACAGAAAACUGAUGAAUACGCAUAUUUAAAGUGGAUAAAACUUUAAUUGUUUUUUAUUAAUGCUUCAGCAUUCAGUACAUAUCUUCUCCAGGCCAUAAAUCAACUCACAAGCCAUAACAAUCCGAAUAUCUCUAAGGUCAACUAAGGUUAUUGCGCAUGAGCAUUGUACAGAUAAAUUUGGCCUUGUUUUGCCUGUCUGCCUUUUAGCCGGUUACCAGUAGGAGGAUACAGAAGGAACCCAUUCCAUCUUUUAUUUCUUGGAUUAACUGAAAGAGAAAGAUCUUAAAAUGUCUACCAGGCCGAAGGAAAUGGGCGAUAUGCGGAUUACCGCUGGGAAGAUUGCCGGAAAAUAUAGCCAGGAAUCAGAGGCAGAGGUCAUUGGAUGGUUCCAGGCUCUGAUUGCAGAAUCGAUCCAACCAGGAAUGCACAACGUCCAACAAACUUUAAAAAAUGGUCAAUUACUGUGCAAAUUGGUCCAAGCUGUGUACAAAGGAACAGCAAAAAAGCCACCAAAAGCAAAGAAGUUCAAGAUCAAGUUCAACACAAUGUCUGCACCAUUCAAACAGAUGGAAAACAUUACAGUUUUCUUAAACGCUUGUGAAGCAUAUGGUGUUCCAAAAAACAGUUUGUUCCAAACAGUCGAUCUUUUCGAAGGCAGAAAUAUGGCUCAAGUUAUGGCCACCAUCCUCCAGUUGGGAACCGAGUGUCAGAGAACUGGAUUUGACGGCCCAACCAUCGGACCUAGGCCAACUGAGAAGCAUAUAGUUGAGUUCUCAGAAGAACAGCUAAAGGCUGGCCAAGGCAUCAUUGGUCUCCAGGCUGGUACCAAUAAAUGUGCCUCUCAGUCUGGCAUGGCAAUGGGGGCUGUGCGUCAUAUCGCAGAUAUUAAAGCUGAUGACAUGUCCAAGGACAGUCAAUCUAGCAUUGGUCUUCAAGCCGGUAGUAACAAAGGUGCGUCCCAAGCUGGUAUGUCUAUGGGUGCAGUACGUCACGUCUCUGAUAUAAGAGCCGAUGAUAUGUCAAAAGAUAGCGCUGGAAGCAUCGGUCUUCAAGCUGGUAGCAAUAAGGGUGCUUCCCAAGCUGGUAUGUCUAUGGGUGCAGUGCGCCACGUGUCUGACAUCAGGGCCGAUGACAUGAGUGCCGACAGUGCCGGGACCAUUGGUCUUCAAAUGGGCAGCAACAAGGGAGCAUCCCAGGCUGGUAUGUCUAUGGGUGCAGUGCGUCACGUGGCAGACAUCAGGGCUGACGAAAUGAGUGCCGAUAGUGCCGGAACCAUUGGUCUUCAAAUGGGCAGCAAUAAGGGAGCAUCCCAGGCUGGUAUGGCUAUGGGUUCAGUACGUCACGUGGCAGACAUUAAGACUGAAGCCGGAUCGGCGGAAGGUCAGGGAAUGAUUGGACUCCAGAUGGGAACCAAUCAGCUCGCAUCCCAGUCGGGUAUGUCAAUGGGUGCAACUCGUCACGUAGCCGACAUCAAGACCGGUGCAGGAUCCGCAGAAGGACAAGGAGUGAUCGGUCUACAAAUGGGCUCCAAUGUUGGUGCAUCCCAGGCCGGUAUGUCCAUGGGAAAACAAAGAAUGGUCACUGAUUAA